AUGACGGGAAAAAUGCAUCCGACAACAAUCAAAACAUACGCCGAAAGAGCCAAAUUACAUCCUAAUCCCACAGCUAGGAGAUUGUUGGAGAUUAUGGAAAGGAAGAAAAGUAAUUUGGCUGUUAGUGUGGAUGUUACUACGGUGAAAGAAGUAUUGGAUAUCGUACGUUCCGUAGGUACAAAAGUAUGUUGUGUCAAGAUGAAGACACAUUGUGAUAUCAUACAAGAUUUUACAUUGGAUUUCGCCAAAGAAUUAGUCAGGUUAUCUCAACAAAUGGAUUUUAUAAUCUUUGAAGAUCGUAAAUUUGCCGAUAUAGGUAACACAGUCACACUUCAAUAUUCCGCAGGAUUACAUCGUAUUUCUUCCUGGGCAGAUCUCACAAACGCUCAUCCACUACCGGGACCGGGUAUCAUUUCCGGUCUUUCUUCCGUCGGUCAACCUCUAGGUCGAGGUCUUCUUUUGUUAGCCGAAAUGAGUAGUAAAGGUAAUCUAGCAACUGGACAAUAUACAACCGAAGCUGUUCAAAUGGCACGUCAAGCUGGCAGAGGUUUCGUAGUUGGAUUCAUCGCUAUGAACAGGGUAGAUAUUCCUUCUCCCGUAUCAAAAAUACAAAAAGUCAAUGGAAUGGUCAACGGACAUGGACAUGGAAAUGUGAAUGUCAAUGGAAAUGGGAAUGGAUAUGGAGGAGAUAAAGAAAUGGAAGAUUAUUUAAUCUUAACUCCAGGUGUACAAUUAUCAAAAGGUGGUGAUACUUUGGGACAACAAUACAGAACACCACAUCAAGUUAUUUUUGAUUCUGGUUGCGAUGUCAUCAUUGUCGGAAGAGGGAUUUACGCUGUUAAAGGGAAAGAAGCUGAAGUAGCGGAAGAAUAUAGAAAAGCCGCUUGGGAAGCAUAUGAAAGACGUUUGAGGUGUUAA